UUCUUAUUUUUCACCUUCAAUCAUAAACUAUUCCACAAUGUCAAUAAUUCCUAGAGCCUCAUACUCAGAUGAUUCAAGAAUGGUCAUCAAGAAGCCACUGUCGAAAUCCCUAUUGCUUAGGGACUAUUUACUCGACGACAUGAGCUCGUGUUCUUCAAAUGGUUUCAAGUCAUAUCCUCGUCAUCGACAAUGUUGCACCACUAUUCGAUUUCUAGUCGAAAUGGAUCUUAACAAACACAAUAAUAAUAAGUUGCUGCCUAAUCAACACCGGCACACAGUGAUAAGUAAAAGCAAAAGCAACUACUGGAAGACAAAUUCAAAACCAAAACAACCAUCAAUGAUGCAACGAGCUUCCUCUAUGAUGAUCAAUGCUUUCAAGCAUUUUCCAUUUCCAAGUACCAAGAAAAGUCCAAUGAUCAGUUUAUCUCGAAAGCUAUUGAAACAUGGCUUAUGGAAAAAAAGCACCCAUAAUCGUAACAACGAAGUCAAACAAUUGAUAUCGUUAGGCGAUUUAUUGAAAAAAACGGACAUUAAUUGUCCUACUACUUCACCAUCAAUGUUUUCAAUCACAGUAUUCAGCUCCGUACCAUGUACAAAUAAUGAUAUUGAUAGUAAUAGUAGUAACAGUAACAGCUGGUCUGGUAGUGACUUUACGGCCACUACUGACAGCUUUGCCACUAGUAAUUCUUCUGGUGUUAACAAAAAUGACACCGUAAAUGAAUUACUGGAGAGGAUAAACGAAAAGGGAGUUAGCACAACCACCACCAACGCCGACAAUGCUGAUGCAUCCGAAGAAAUUGCAAAGGAGUGGCAAAAUGAGCAGGACGAGCAGUCUAGUCCGGUUUGUGUGAUGGAUUUUCCAAGCGAUAAUGAUAAGGACGAAGAUGAAGUUUCUUCAUUGUUUCAACAUAGUCACCUAGAGGUCGAAGGGACAAAAAAUUUAAUGCGGAAAACUCGAAGAUUAAUCAAAGAUGUUCCUCAAAUUGAGCCUGUAAAAUUAGAAACCCGGAUAGCUAAAUUGGCCCAAGAAAAGGAUAUAGUCAAACAAAAAGCAUUGGCAUUACUUCAACAAAUAAAAUCAACGUUUUCUUCGCAUCAUUUAUUCAAAAGUGAAGCUGUCGAGAGCCUCUUGUUAGCGUUUUUCAAAGAGAGAAUCGGUGAUAAUGUUUACGAUUAUGAAAUGUUGCAAACAGCAAAAGAUUGGAUGGAUGGACACCUAGAAGAGAUGCCGUUGGAUUGGGAGUGUCAAAAAAACAGGAAAUCAUAUGUUAGAGAUAUGGAAAAUGUGGUCAAAUGGUCAAAGUAUGAUGAUGAAGUGGAGAAAAACGAUAUCGGUUUGGAGUUGGAGUGUGGGAUAUUCACUUCAUUGGUGAAUGAUAUUUUGCUAGAGUUUCGUUUGUAAGAGUAGUUUAAUAUAUAGUGGAUUGAAACUUCAUGAAAGAAAAGAAAGUUCGUUUAUCAAAUGUGACAAAUGGUCAUGCUACAACUUGUAGGACCAAAGUUUUCGAUGUCUAGAUUAGAAUAAUAAUGUAUUCAUCUUUUACGCAUAGCAUAAUACGUAUUAAUUAAAUUAUUAGGUAAA